AUGAAAAAGAACAAUAACUGUGUAGAAUGGAGACAUGAAAUAAAUAAAAAGGAGCGCAUUAAUGCACUUUUGGACGAAGAAACCAGAAAGCUCAAAGCCCAAAAGGAUAAAUCAAGAGCCUACUUACUCAACUUGGAAAGCAAGGUGGAGGCUGAUUGCUGUUGGGUCUGUAUGGUUUGUAUGCAGAAUGAGGUGUCUGUUGUUUUCUUACCCUGCAAGCACCAGGUCCUCUGCUUUCCCUGCUUUGGAAGGAUAUGCAAUGCAGUUGGGUCUCGUUGCCCGAGUUGCGGUGUUAAGAUAGAAGAAGGCAUCAAGGCGUAUGGUCGUAGUACCUGA